AUGAUCGAUGGCAAUUCUCUGUCGGCCUCCACCUCAGUGGAGACAAUCACCCAGCUACUACACUACCUCCCUACUUAUCGGGUACUGAUCUGCCUACGUUGCAACUACGCCAUCCAGCCUGGUGCAGUCGCUCGCCAUCUUAAGGAAAUCCACCAACUUCAUCGUAUACCUCGACGCGCUUAUGUGGACUAUGCUUCCAGAUUCGAACUGGCCCAACCUACUGAUGUCGUUUUGCCUGAUGAAACCCAGUUCCCAGUUUCUUUACUGCCUAUCGAAAACGGGCUAGCCUGUUCCGGCUGCGCUCAUCUCUGUAUGACGACGAAGCGCAUGAAGCAGCACUUGAUGACUGUUCAUCGCAUCUCUGCCUCGGAAAAAGGAAGCUUCUGGAACCCAGUGCCGUUGCAGACGUUUUUCCGGGGAAAUGCUUUACGCUACUUUACUAACCCCGCGUUCUUGGUUUCAUCGCCAUCUGACACUUCCGAUGGGCUGACGAAUACAACUGCAACAACGCCGGCUUCAAGUACAGAUGCCGGAGUCUCGAGUCCUUGUCGAACGUUGAUCACUACCGAUGCAGGCUUACUUGAUUAUUAUCGACACUACACCUAUAAGACCCUCUCAUGUGGCCCUGAGACAGACGAUGCCUUCCGAGUCAUUCUCCCACAGCUAGCCACCCAAUUUCCCUUCUUACUUCACGGCAUCUUAUCCUGCUCUUCCCUUCACCUCGCUUCUAUUGACCCUUCCAAUCGAGAGCAUUAUACCAUCCAAUCAAUCCGACACCAAGACCAAGCAAUUCCCGCAUUCCGAAGGGCAACCAUGCAUGUGGACAGCAAUAACAGCCAAGCAGUGCUGGCCUUCGCAUUUUUCCUCGUGGUCUUCGCUAUAGGCUCCGAAUCAAAUGACCAACCAUUGUUUCUAAGCAACCAAAAGAUUCAAAAAGCCAUGCCAUCCCUGGAAUGGAUUGACAUCCUCCGUAACGGCUGCUCCAUGCUGUGCCCCGUGUGGACAGAACUCACCACUAGUCCAUUGGCACCCUUUACUUCGAUUUGGCGAGAUGAUCUCGGCAUUACUGUCGAUUCUAAUGAUCCGCUACUAAUUACAUUAAUCUCUGCUCUUCUAGACCAUGAAUCGCAGUCCGCUGACUACUUCAUAUAUCGCGACUCCGCGGUCAAGUUGACACAGGCCUUUGCGUUUAUUGAGCGUUGCGGGCCCACUUCGACUAUCUGGAAUGUUCUCAAUGCAUGGCCCAUGCGUGUUAUGCCUGAAUAUCUGGUCUUACUGAAACAAAACAAUCCGGGCGCUUUGUUACUGCUAUCCUACUAUGCUGUUCUUCUGCAGCCAUUCGAGUCAGAAUGGUUUCUUAAAGACCGAGUGAUGAAGUUAAUAAAUGAGAUCGCGCGACGGUUAGAAGGGAGUUGUUCGCCACAGAUCUGGGAGGUGUUUUUGAUGAUGCAGCAGGAAUAUUUUCCUACUGAUUCUAUUAACAUUCAAUGA